AUGUUUGUGUUUUGACACAUCACUUGAAAAAGAAUGUUUUUAAAAUAAUGUGAUGUAUAUCUACUUUCUAAACCCGGUGCUAGAAACAAGAAAGCUCUCAAAAACGUCAUACAAUUUCUUACUUUUUAUUUAAUAGAGCUCCAACUUCUCACAAAUGAAUUCAAUUGAUCACCCCAAAAAAGUACAAUACAGGACCGAUGUUGUCUUCAGUGACAGUUCGUAUUUGUGGAACAUUGACUGGCGCUGGCUCGUCGUCACAUUCUUACCACAAACACACGCACAUAUAUCCAUCAAUCCAUUAAUUUGAAACCGCAUUAUCGUUACGAGGGUCUAGGGCUUACUGGAGCCUAUCUCAUCUGUCUUCCCCCAAUAUAUAUAUAUAUAUAUAAAUGUGAGGAUAAACGUGGACAGGGGAAAAUGGCGUCUUGUUGUGGGGGUAUUUAGAUUUCCUACGGUACUCUGAAGGCACCGCCGUCUGACUCCAGUCGCCUGUUGCUUGUGACGCUCCAGUCAGACUGACUCAAGAAAAUCUGUCAACUCCUCCUGAUUAUUCCCGCCUCGUUGUGUGUUUUGGGACGAAAAAAAUCAAUGCCUCUCGCCACCUUCUACAUUUAUUAAAUCCCCGCUUGAGAUGGAAAAAAACUCCGCAGAAGAUGAAUGCGUGGAUUCGGGAGCAGAAACUGCAGGGUCAGAUUACAGUCCCUUGUCAUCUACUAGCAGCGACGUUUGGAUGGGCGACCUACAGCGGGACCCCUUCCUGGUGAGCGUGCACCUGAUCGCGGACCCGGGCGAGGGCGACGUCCUUCAGCGGGCGGCAGACAGCGUGCUGGCGCGGCUCCACCCGGAGCUGCAGCUCUUCAGGGUGUCGGAGCGCGCCGCUUCCUGCGAGCGUCCCCGACCCAAGCACCACCACGGGUACCAAGGGGGUGCUCCCCAACCGGCACUGGCGGUCAUUUUAUUCCUCCGGGAGGGCAACGGUGGCGGCCAGGAGCUGGCGCAUCCACCUUGGCGCUACCAUCACAGCGAGGAGGUGAGCGGAGGGCGGCGCUUGGGAGCGCCGUCCACGCAGGAUUUUUUCACGCUGGGGUCCGGCACCCCCUUGUGGGCUUUGAGGAGGGUGCGCUACGGUAAAGGGACGCUAAGGUUGACGCUGUACUGUUGCCAUGACAACUACGCCCACACGGUGCGGUUGUACAAGCUUCUGCUGGGCCGCCGGCUGGCCCACAAAAAGCACGACUUCUGCUUCCUGGUGGUCUACGCCAACCCCCACUUGGAGGUCCAGAUGGCCUUCCGGAGGCUGCCCAGGGGGAGGCACCCGACCCCGCUGGACUCGUCGGUGGUGGAGGUGAGGGUGCGAGACGUGGGCGCCCUGGUGCCGCUCCUGCCCAACGCGUGCAGGCCCAUCAGUGACGUGAGGUGGCAGACCCAAGACUACGACGGGAAUAAAAUUCUACUGCAGGUCAGAACCUGGUGUGAGGUCUUUCAUUCGCUUUUGUCUUAUCUCCUCUUCUUUGUGGCUUCCAGUUUUCUCUUCUCUGGUCUUCCCUUCCACAGCCGGCCUUGAUAUACCCGGUCUGGCUCCUACCUACUCCGGUUGUCGCUGGGAUCCUCAUCUUGGCUUCUUUCCUCUCGUUUUCUGCUCGUUUCCUCUUGUAUUUUUUUCUCAUCUGCCCUCUUGGCUAAUUUACUCUGAUUUUGUCUUCUCUUGUUUCUUAUUUACUUACUGGGAGAUCCGUUUGGAAAGUUGAAUCAGAUUAAGCAUCGGUCCAUUAGUGCCAUUAG